AUGUCUCAGCUGAUCUUAGCUGUUGGAAGUGGCUCUAUCAUGAUCACUGCCGAGAUUGCUAUCCUCGCUGCCGUUAGCGAACAACAGUACUUUGCCGUCGCCAUCGCUCUGGUGUCAAUGUGCUCAAGCAUCGGACAGGCUGUUGGCUUAACGGUUUCCUCGGCCAUCUGGCAAGACGUCAUUCCCAGAAAGCUGGCGGAGUAUCUUCCAGCAGAGGACCUUCCAAAUCUUCCAAUCAUCGCCGCAGAUAUCGUCACUCAACUUUCUUUCCCAGUUGGAUCGCCUACCCGACUGGCGAUUCAGCAUGCUUACGGAGACGCCCACAGGCUACUGUUCAUUGCCGGCACCGUGGUCUGGGUGCUUGGUUUUGUCGGGGCUGCUAUGUGGAAGAAUAUUAACAUUAAAAACAUUAAGCAGACUAAGGGGCGUGUUGCUUGA